ACACAGACUGUCUGUGUUGCCACUCUGAUGCUCCAAUCUAGAGAGAGAGAGAAAAAGAGACAAGAGCCGUUACUCUCUUUCUGAGUGAGCUCAGCGUUAAUAGGUAAAAGCACUGCUUACUUGUGAACAAUAACAACAACAACAUUAACAAACAAAUUGUUGUAUAGUAUAGUAUCACUAUAUAUCAUCAUAUUAAUAGCUUCAUUCUUCUUUCUUUUCUGAUAUAACACAACACAGUUGAGAUUGAGAAGACAACACAACACAGCAAUGGCUACUGGGUUCAGUUUCAACCUCGUCUUUUCAACUUCAUUGUUCCUCCUUCUUCUAGAUUGUUGCAAUGGUAGUUUCAUUGGGAUAUGCUAUGGAAGAAAUGCCGACGACUUACCGACACCCGACAAGGUGGCACAGUUAGUUCAACUUCAUAAAAUGAAAUAUGUCAGGAUUUAUGAUUCUAAUGCACAAGUCCUAAAGGCCUUUGCAAAAACUGGAGUUGAACUUAUGAUUGGUGUUCCAAAUUCAGAUUUGCUCUCAUUAUCCCAAUAUCAAUCUAAUGCAGACAAUUGGUUGAAAAACAGUGUCCUUCCUUAUUAUCCGGCCACAAAGAUCACAUACAUAACUGUUGGUGCUGAAGUCACUGAAAGUUCCUAUAAUACCUCUUCAUUGGUAGUGCCUGCCAUGACUAAUGUACUAACAGCACUCAAAAAACUAGGACUGCACAAAAAGAUAAAAGUUUCGAGUACUCAUUCGCUUGGUGUUCUCUCGCGAUCAUUCCCGCCUUCAGCUGGUGCUUUCAAUAGUAGCCAUGCACAUUUCCUGAAGCCAAUGCUAGAAUUUCUCGCCGAAAAUCAAUCGCCUUUUAUGAUUGAUAUAUAUCCUUAUUAUGCUUACCGAGAUUCACCGAAUAAAGUGUCUUUAGACUAUGCACUUUUUCAGGCUUCCUCUGAAGUUAUUGAUCCAAAUACUGGUUUGUUGUACACAAACAUGUUUGAUGCACAGAUUGAUGCUAUUUACUAUGCACUCAUGGCUCUAAAUUUUAGAACAAUUAAGGUCAUGGUCACCGAAACAGGUUGGCCUUCAAAAGGGUCGCCUAAGGAAAAGGCUGCAACUCCUGAUAAUGCACAGACAUAUAAUACCAAUCUCAUAAGGCAUGUUAUUAAUAAUACCGGUACUCCUGCGAAGCCGGGGCAGGAGCUAGAUGUUUACAUUUUCUCACUGUUUAAUGAAAAUAGGAAGCCCGGUUUAGAAUCAGAGAGGAACUGGGGAUUAUUUUAUCCAGAUCAGACAAGUGUGUAUAAUCUAGAUUUUACCGGACGGGGUGGUGUUGAUAUGACUACAGCUGCGAAUGUAACCCGGUCAAAUAGAACAUCAUGGUGCAUUGCUUCUAGCAAAGCCAAAGAAAUUGAUUUGCAGAAUGCUUUGGAUUGGGCAUGUGGUCCUGGCAAUGUGGACUGUACUGCUAUCCAGCCUAGCCAGCCUUGUUUCGAGCCGGAUAAUCUAGCUUCACACGCAUCUUUUGCUUUUAAUAGCUAUUAUCAGCAAAAUGGGGCCUCUGAUGUUGCUUGUAGUUUUGGCGGUACAGGUGUAAAAGUCGACAAGGAUCCAAGUUAUGACAACUGCAUCUACAUGAGAGAUGGCAAUAAUAAAACUUCAGGUGGUAAUGCAAGGGCGAUGUCGUCAACUUCAUCCUCUCAACGGGAAGGAAGAUAUUCAAUUUCUAUCUAUCUUCUUUUAACUUGUCUCUUCAUUAUACUGAAUAUUCAACAAUCCUGACAAGACAAGUUUCAUUGUCGAAAAUGCAGCAUGAUUUUGCUAUGUUUAGAUGUAUGCUGUGUUUGGCAUGCGGGGGAGGUAAAUGGUUUGUUGUAAAUCUUUUCAUACUAAGUCAUGCAUCAGAUAAGUGUAAAAAUCCUUUGCUGUUGUAAAAUCAUUAGAACAGUGAUAAGCCAAAACUUCUUGCUACUAGUUUUAUGUGCCCUUAAGAUAAGGCAAAAACAGCAAGCAAGAUAAAUGACUUCUCUGUUAUUCAUUUUAUUGUUUGUUUAUGAAAUUGCACAUAGGGCUGCCACAGCUGCCGCCUCAUUAUAAAUUUAGGCAAUAAAA